AUGGCUUUUCUUACAAAUCUCGAUUCCGAAGCGAAACAAAUGAUGCGGGCUAAGAUUGCGCAAACAUUCCGGGCAUCUACGAACAUUCCUGUUCCAGCACCCUCCGCCAAGGAAAAUUGCGUUUCGUUGUUCGUGUUUUUCAUGGCGAGAUUUGGCAGGUUUCAGGUCGAGGGUUAUUGGAUAGAGCGUGGUGUAAAUCUGCCUGAGGAGGACCCAAAUUAUGUUGUAACUAAAACAGUCAAAGCUAAUUUGGCUGAGAUCGCUAGGAUUGUCUCAAGCGGAAGGUUUCCUGUGCUCUUGGAGGGAGAAACAAGCGCUGGAAAAACCUCAAUUGUUUGUUAUCUUGCUCGACUUACUGGGAAUGCCAUAGUGCGCAUCAACAAUCAUGAACACACCGACGUUCAAGAGUAUAUGGGAUCUUAUGUUGGAGACGCUGCUGGACGACUUGUCUUCCAAGAGGGUGCUCUCGUAAAAGCCGUGAGAGACGGUAGCUGGGUCAUCUUAGACGAGUUGAAUUUAGCCCCUACCGAUAUUAUUGAGACACUGAACAGGUUACUCGACGAUAAUCGUGAAUUGUUUGUGCCUGAAAUGAAUGCAGUGAUUCGUGCUCAUCCACGUUUUCGUCUCUUUGCUACACAAAAUCCUGCUGGAACAUACGGCGGUCGAAAACGACUCUCCCGUGCAUUGAUGUCUCGGUUUGUGGUGCUGAAGUUCGACCAUCUACCGCUAGACGAACUUUCUUCCAUGGUUUGUAUACUUUACUUGGUUUCGAUGCUGCCUAGUGCAAUCAUACAGAUAGUAUGUGUUCGUUGUGGCGUUCAUCCUUCAGCUGCUACCAGAAUGAUCAAUGUGUUGUCAAAACUUCGGCUGAGGCGUUCUAUCAGUGGACUGUUUUCAGCGAAAGAUGGGCUCAUGACCUUACGAGAUGUGUUUCGGUGGGCAAAGCGCCUUGCCACGGAUACUACCUGCGAAGACUGGCUUCAGAUAUUGGCGAAUCACGGAUAUUUUCUUCUUGCUGGACGAUGUCGCAACCAGAAGGACGCGGAUGCGGUCGUGGAGACUCUAGAAAAUGAGUUGAAGCGGAAGAUCGAGCCAUCAAAGCUGUUUGCCACAGAUUCCCCUUACAUGCCAAAAGCGGUGGAUUUGGGAAGCAUAGUGUUGACUCUGGGAAUGAGAAGAAUGCUG